GUAUAAAAAAAAGAUCGGAACCCAUUUUUAUUAACUACUGCUAUCCAUAAAAUUCUUAACAAUAAUUGCAUUAUAUACUUCCUCGUAUGGUGAUUAUUUGAUACAAGUGAAAAAGUACGGAACAUCUGAGAAUGGGGCACCAUUCCAACCCUAUAGUUUACAAGAGGACAAAAAAGAAAUGGGUUUUGAUUUGGUGAUCGUUUGGGCAACUUUUGCUUGCCGCAAUUGAAAGGAAACUUCCACUGGCUGGGACACAUACGACCAACCAAACUUACAUUAUUUAUAGUUGGCAACAAACAUAAAAAAGUGUUAAGCUACAAGCACUGGACCCUGGUGAUCCUGCCGAAAAGCCAUGGCUUCCAAGACUCACAUUCUCCAAAUAUUUUCCUUGGUGUUCAUCUUCUUGCCUUUAACCAAUUCCAUUCACUUCAAAUUCCCUGCUAUUUUCAACUUUGGUGAUUCUAAUUCUGAUACGGGUGAGCUAGUUGCUGCCGGAAUUGAAAGCCUUGAGCCACCUCAUGGACAAAGUUACUUCCAAACACCGUCCGGAAGAUACUGUGAUGGCCGUCUUAUCAUUGAUUUUCUCAUGGAUGCAAUGGAUCUGCCAUUUCUAAAUGCUUAUCUAGAUUCAAUUGGCACACCAAGUUUCCGCAAAGGAUGCAAUUUUGCAGCUGCAGGAUCAACCAUACAACCACCUACUGCAGAAUCUGUCAGUCCAUUUUCUUUCGGAAAUCAAGUGGCUCAGUUUGUACGGUUCAAAGCUCGGGUUCUUGAAUUGUUAGCUAAAGGUAAAAAAUUUGGUAAGUACCUUCCAACAGCAGAUUAUUUUCAGAAGGGGCUCUACAUGUUUGAUAUAGGCCAGAAUGAUCUUGCUGGUGCCUUUUACUCUAAAACUUUUGAUCAAAUACUUGCCUUAAUUCCUUCAGCCUUGACAGAAUUUGAAACUGGAAUAAAGACACUAUAUGAUCAAGGGGCUAGGAACUUCUGGAUACAUAACACAGGACCUCUUGGAUGCUUAGCUCAAAAUGUUGCCAAAUUUGGAACUGAUCCAUCUAGCCUUGAUGAACUAGGAUGUGUCAGCAAGCACAACCAAGCUGCUAAAGUCUUCAAUCUGCAGCUCCAUGCCCUAUGUAAAAAGUUGCAGGGCCAGUACACAGAUUCGAAUUUUACAUACGUCAACAUCUACACAAUAAAAUCCAACCUUAUAGCAAAUUAUUCUAAAGUUGGAUUUGAACAGCCAAUAAUGGCUUGCUGUGGAUAUGGAGGUCCACCUUUGAAUUAUGACAACCGAAUUGGUUGUGGGAAAACAAAAGUCCUUAAUGGAACCUCAGUGACAGCCAAAGCAUGCAAUGAUAGUUCUGAAUAUGUUAAUUGGGAUGGAAUUCAUUAUUCGGAGGCUUCAAAUCUGUAUGUUUCAUCACAAAUACUCACCGGAAAGUACUCUGAUCCACCCUUUUCGGACAAAAUGCCGUUCCUUCUCAAUCUCAAGUUCUGAAGGCCUAAUUUACUCAUUUCUGUGAC